GAGAAUUUUUAAAUACUCAAGGUCGCCCUUCCUAUGAUCCCCCAUUAUAACCAACAACUUAUGGCUCAACAUCCUAACUCUGGGAGGGCUAUUAUCUCUGGUCCCCGUCCGUCUGGGCCUGGUAUUCUGCCAUCUAUAGUUAGUCAGGAUGGUAAUCAGGUUAAUCAGCUUGCGAGCAGACGAAUGUUGCCAGCUGAUCCGCGUCUGCAUCAGAUUAUCGGACGUGCGGCUACCGCGAAGCGGAAACGUCGUUUGGCUGAUCGCCUUCUUACAAAGACAGUACGAGAAAUCAUUCCGGAGUCUGAGUCAUAUAUGGAGCUUUUAGAAGUUGAAAAGAAAUUGGAUUUUGUUUUGAUGCGCAAACGUUUAACACUACAGGAAGCAAUGAAAAAGCCUUUCAAGGUGAAGCGCAAAUUAAGAGUCAUGCUCAGCAGCACUUUUAAGCCUGGCUCUACUGUUAUGCCUGUUGGAUCAGAUGCACAAACUACACCUGGUGAUUGUGCACCUGGUUGGGAGCUGAAAGUCGAAGGACAGUUGUUAGAUAAGCCUGGUCAACCAAGUAAUAAUGACCCGAAAUGUCGUAGAAAAUUUUCAUCUUUUUUUAAAUCACUUGUAAUCGAAUUGGAUCGUGAACUUUAUGGUCCUGAUAAUCAUCUAGUUGAGUGGCACAGGACAGCUACAACGGCUGAAACUGAUGGAUUUCAGGUAAAACGUAGAGGCGAUAGUAAUGUUCGGUGUACAGUAUUGUUAAUGUUAGACCAUCAACCUCCACAAUACAAGUUAGACUCACGUUUAGCAAGAAUAUUGGCCCUGCAUACUGGUACGCGUUCACAAAUAUUCUAUGCUUUAUGGAACUAUAUAAAAACGCAUAGAUUACAAGAUCCCAAUGAAAAGGAUUUCAUCAAUUGCGAUUCAUACUUAGAACAAGUGUUUGGCUGUCCUCGUAUGAGAUUCGCUGACAUACCUAGUCGUUUGGCUCCUUUACAGCAACCGCCUGAUCCUAUAGUGAUUAAUCAUAUUAUCACAGUUGAAGGUGAUGGUAGUCCGAAAACAGCAUGCUAUGAUAUUGAGGUUGAAGUGGUAUGCAACGAUGUUUAUGUGUUUACAGCAUAAAUUAACAAGUAUUAGUAAUUGAGACGAAAAUUUGUUAAUUCCAACAUAGUAUUUUAACAUUAGAUAUGUUAUAACUGAUUUGGUUAUACAAUAGUGGUAUUAUUAUUGUUAUUAUUACUAAUGUAUUUCAAUUUCAGCGAUACCGUACAAAUUGAAUAACUUCGCAACCGGGUUUAAACUUUAGCCGUAGAUAUCCCUAACACCAUAUCUGUUUUUUUGAGAAUUUUUUACUCUGACAAACUGUUUUUUUAGGUAUUUACAUUUGAUAAGAAGUGUUUUCAGUUUGGCUUAAUUUACUUCUCAGUGACUUGGUGUAUCUGUGUUGCGCCACAAUAUUGUUGUGUAGUUUUAUUUCUACCUUAUGGAUGUCCACUCACCAUUUAAUGUCUUGGAAGCUUUGUCGAAAAACUAACUUCUUCUUUUAGAAGAAACGAGGAUAAACAUGAACAGUUUACAUAGGUUAUUUUUAGUACCGGUCUUUUGCAGUAUGAGUGCACAUCAGCAUGUAAUACUGUUAAAAUUUGACAUGACAUCUCACUAAAAUGUAGUCAUAUUCUUGGAUGACUUUGUCGAUUAUGCAUGAACGAUUUUCUAGACAAUUAAACUGUCUGGAACACUCAAAUGUUUAACUUUUUAAAGCUGAACUGGGUUAAUACUUCAGCCGCUACUGUCUUUUCAUAUUGUUUUGCGGAGAUUCAAAACUCAUGCAAAAUAACAUUUAGAUAUAUCAGUAAACCUAUCAAACAGCCAACCUAAAUCGUUCACUUACUCUAGGUAAGUAGGAGAAUUUGUUUGAAGCUGGAUAUUUAGAUAGGUACAUUUGAAAACAAAUAAAAUGCAAACGGCAUCAGUCCUUGAAGUCACUAACUUCUAAUCUGAGCCAUGCUGGUAGAUGCAGAACCCAUUUUAACUUUUUUUUACUACAGAAACUGCUAUUUUACAAAGAACAUUUUACAGUUUCUCUUUGUGAUUAAAAAGCUUCCUAAAUCUAACUUUCAAUUACUGUUGUUCACAGGACGAUGCAUACAAAAGUAUGGUACAUACUUAUCUAAGUAAUAUGCAUACAAGUCAAGAGCUAUCUGCAAUAGAUAAUAAAAUACACGAAUUAGUUGAACAGAUCAAUCAAAUGAAAGUACAUCGCGAAUUUUACUUGGAAUUCAGCCGUGAUCCACAGACCUUUAUAUCGCGCUGGUUAGCUAGUCAGUGUCGUGACUUUUGGGUGAUGACCGAUGCUACGCCGGGACAUCCGGAGGAAGAGCGUCAUGCUGAAUUCUACAACGCUCACUGGACACAAGAAGCAGUAAUGCGCUACUUUUACAACAGGAUUUCCCAAAGACGACAGGACUUGGAACACGCACUGGGUCUUAACAACAAUUGAUGCUAAGGAUUAGCUGUAUUCCUGUGCAUUUUAAACCAAUAUCAAAAGAAAUGUGACCACUAGUUACUGACUUCCAAUAAAUAUUCCGUUAUUUGUUGUAUAUGUUUCUGUACUAAUAUAUUUUAAAGCCUA